AUGUCCGACAAAGACCUCCUCAACAUCGUAUCCCAAGAACUCGCCGGGACUCAGUAUGCCUCGUCCUCUCUAACCCCACUAAGCGGGGGAACCGCCAACUUUGUCUAUCGGGCUCAGCUCGAUCAACCGCUCCCAGAUGGAACAGAAUCCGUUAUAGUGAAGCAUACAGAGGCAUUCAUUGCUCUUAACCGGGAAUUCAAACUCCCGGCUGAACGCUGUCUUUUCGAGGAAUCCAUCUUGAAGGCUCUCGAUGGGUUGCCUAGCAAACAGAACAGAAGCAACAGUUCUGAUGUGCAAACUCAGGAAGUGACAGUCAAAACGCCUCGUCUCUUCUCCUUCAAUCGCGAAACCAACACUGCUGUUAUAGAAGAUCUUCCCGAUUCCCUGGACCUCAAGUCCUUCUUAAUCUCCACAGCCGCUUCCAACAACCUGACUCAAGAAUGGGCAUCCUCCAUAGGUCAUGCACUAGGGAAUUGGCUACAAUCAUUCCAUCACUGGGCUGAUAAUGAGGCCCAGUCUGGGGUGGCGGCCGAGAUGGACAAGAACCAGUAUAUGCGAGACUUGAAAUUCAUGGUCAACUAUGAUGCUCUGGUGAAUACAAUUGAUAAAUACCCGACUAUACUAGGAAAUUCCCGGGAAGUGUUCAGCAAGGUUCGGGAAAUGGCGGCCGGAGAGCUGAGUCGAAAGGACGGAAAUGGGUUUGGGAUAAUUCACGGUGAUUUUUGGUCGGGAAAUGUCCUCAUCCCCAAAACCGCCCUCGAGCAACCAAAUCACCUUCCUCUAUUCAUCAUCGACUGGGAACUUUGCCACUGCGGUGCUCGUGCCCUCGAUCUGGGCCAAAUGUUCGCUGAGCUCUACCUGUUGAAGCAUUUCAAGGAUAUCGAUGCGGCGACGUGGAUUAUCCAAGGCUUCAUGAAGGGAUACCAGAACCUGGAUGAUGAGACGGCCUUUCGGGUAUUGAUCCACGUUGGCGUCCAUUUCAUUGCCUGGGCACCUCUAAUUCCUGGCUGGGGUACCUCGCAGCAGGUUGAAGAUGCUGUUCGUCUGGGUAGAGAUAUCGUCACCAAGGCCUGGGGAAAGGACAGGAGCUGGUUUGAAGGAGUAUGGAAGUCAUUGUUUCGAGAUCGGUAG